AUGAGAGAAGUCAUAAGUAUUAAUGUUGGUCAAGCUGGUUGUCAAAUUGGUAAUGCCUGUUGGGAAUUGUACUCCCUUGAGCACGGUAUCAAGCCUGAUGGUCAUCUAGAAGAUGGUCUAUCAAAACCCAAAGGGGGAGAAGAGGGCUUUUCCACAUUUUUCCACGAAACCGGACAUGGUAAGUUCGUUCCAAGAGCCAUUUAUGUGGACUUAGAGCCCAAUGUUAUCGACGAAGUGCGUAACGGCCCUUACAAGGACCUUUUCCAUCCGGAACAGUUGAUCAGCGGUAAGGAAGACGCGGCUAAUAACUAUGCUAGAGGCCAUUAUACCGUCGGUAGAGAAAUAGUGGACGAAGUUGAAGAAAGAAUCAGAAAGAUGGCCGACCAAUGUGACGGGUUACAGGGGUUCUUGUUCACCCAUUCCCUCGGUGGUGGUACCGGUUCCGGGUUGGGUUCCCUGUUACUAGAAAAUUUAUCUUAUGAGUACGGUAAGAAAUCUAAGUUGGAAUUUGCCGUCUACCCAGCACCACAAUUGUCCACUUCUGUCGUGGAGCCUUACAACACCGUUUUAACCACACACACCACUUUAGAACACGCGGACUGUACGUUUAUGGUCGAUAACGAAGCCAUUUACGAUAUCUGUAGUAGAAACUUGGGCAUCUCCAGGCCAACCUUUAGUAACUUAAACGGGUUGAUUGCUCAAGUGAUAUCAUCUGUGACCGCGUCCUUAAGAUUCGAUGGUUCUUUGAAUGUCGAUUUGAACGAAUUCCAAACCAACUUAGUACCAUACCCAAGAAUCCAUUUCCCUCUGGUCUCAUAUGCUCCGAUCUUGUCCAAGCAGAGGGCUACCCAUGAGUCCAACUCUGUGUCAGAGAUCACAAACGCUUGUUUCGAACCUGGUAACCAAAUGGUCAAGUGUGACCCAACAAAGGGCAAAUACAUGGCCAACUGUCUGUUAUACAGAGGUGACGUGGUGACAAGAGAUGUUCAGAGAGCCGUUGAACAGGUGAAGAACAAGAAAUCGGUACAAAUGGUGGACUGGUGUCCAACAGGCUUCAAAAUCGGUAUCUGUUACGAACCGCCAACUGUGAUACCAAGUUCCGAAUUGGCGAGUGUGGAUAGAGCUGUUUGCAUGCUAUCCAACACCACCGCCAUCGCCGAUGCCUGGAAGAGAAUUGAUCAAAAAUUCGAUUUGAUGUAUGCUAAGCGUGCCUUCGUCCACUGGUACGUAGGUGAAGGUAUGGAGGAAGGUGAAUUCACCGAGGCUAGAGAGGACUUGGCUGCUUUGGAAAGAGACUACAUCGAAGUCGGUGCCGAUUCCUAUGCCGAAGAGUUCUAG